GCUGGAGAGAGCGGGUGAGAGGUGGAGAGAGGGGAAGAGAGAGGGCCGUUCGCUUGCGCUUGUUGUUGAGCGAGCUGGGCGUUGUUGAUGAGAUACAGCUAAACCUGUCUGUGCUACGUCGGUUUAUCUAAUCAUUCUGCUGCAAGUCACGUAGGGGAGAUCCACAAUAUGAAGAAGAUCGCAAUUUUUGGUGGCUCCGGCAACACCGGCCUGUGCGCCGUUGAUGCAGCGCUGAAGAAAGGACUCGCAGUUCGUGCAUUGGCACGAGACCCCUCCAAAUUCCCUGAGGAUGUUGCUUCUAAAGUUGAAAUUGUUCAGGGUGAUGUGCUGAACUAUGAUGAUGUGAAGAAGACGGUAGAGGGAGUUGAUGGUGCUGUCAUCGUGUUGGGUACUCGGAAUGACGUUAAACCGACCACAAUGAUGUCUGAGGGCACCAAAAAUGUGCUAAAUGCGUUGAAGGAAGCUAAUAUUAAACCAGUUUCAGGAUGCAUGUCCUCCUUCCUUUUUAUGGAACUUGAUAAAGUUACUCCCAUGCUUCGUGACCUGACUAAAGAUCAUCUUCGUAUGCUCGAUGCUCUCAAGGCCAGUGAUCGCGAUUGGAUUGCCGUCUGUCCACCUCACAUUGCGGGCACGGAGAUCUCAUGGCCUGCCAUAAGAAGCUUGGCCAGCUCUGGACAUGGAAUGAUGGGUGUCCUUGCAGCCUCUGCCAUGUCUGUCCUGUGGCUUGGCCGCAAAGCGCUUAAGCCCUUCACCACCUCAGAGUCUGAGCCAUCAGGAAAUUACCAAAUUAAACAUGGGUCAUCUCCUGGAAGAGUUAUUUCUAAGUACGACCUGGGCUUCUUCCUUGUGGAUUGUUUGGAUAAACCUGAACACUAUCGCCAAAUGGUUGGUAUUGCUAAACCACCCCAGGCAUAAUUUGUUUUAAACCGGUAUGCAUGAGUUGUGCCAAAUAUAGGAAAUUAGGAGCAAUCAUAACAUUCUUUAAUUUUUCUAUGUAUUUUGUUAAAUCUUAUCACAUCAGAAAAAAUACUGUGUUAUCAUUUGAUCAUAAACACAUUAUAAACAUCACAAA